AUGGAGAAAGACAACAUCACAGAAACAAAAGAAUUCUACCUGAUCGAGCUUUCUGAUGUUCCGGAAGUGCGGAUUUCCCUCUUUCUGGUGUUUCUGCUGAUCUACUUGAUCACUCUGGCAGGGAAUGGGGCAAUUAUCUUGGCAAUAGCAACAGAAGUCCAGCUCCAGACCCCCAUGUACUUCUUCCUCAGCAAUUUAUCUUUCCUGGAUAUUCUUUCCCCAACUGUCACUGUGCCAAAGAUGCUCCAGGUCUUCAUGUCAGAGGACAAGACAAUAUCAUUUGCUGGCUGUGUAUUACAACUCUUCCUUCUGAUUGAUUUUGUGGGCACUGAAGUUUUCUUGCUAGCAGUGAUGGCAUAUGACCGCUACGUGGCUAUCUGUAGUCCCUUGCACUACACAAACAUAAUGAGUAGACGGCUGUGUAUGCAGCUAGCUGCUGGGUCCUGGCUAGCUAGCUUUAUCCAUGCCUCGGUUCUUACCUCGCUGACCUUUACAUUAACUUUCUGUGUGCCCAGCAAAGUUAACCAGUAUUACUGUGAUAUCCCUCCACUGGUUGCGAUUUCUUGCUCCUCUACCUACAUCUUUGAACUGGUCCUUCUUGUUGUGCCUGGUAUUUUAGGAGCUGGUGCUUUCCUGGUCACUCUGAUCUCUUAUGUCUAUAUCAUUUCUACUGUCUUGCGCAUGCAGUCUGCUGAGGGAAGGAGCAAAGCCUUUUCUACCUGUGGUUCCCACUUGACUGUAGUUUUCCUGUUCUAUGGGGCGACCAUGGGCACCUAUGUACGCCCUACCUCCAGCUAUUCCCCCAAACAGGACAGAAUUGUUUCUAUGUUGUAUGUGGUUGUUACUCCCCUGCUAAACCCUUUGAUCUACAGCCUGAGAAAUAAGCAAGUUAAAAGGGCUCUGGUCAAAGCACUUGGCUUGAAAAGAUUUCCAUGA